AUUCGGACACAUUUUACUGACGCACCACCCCGGCUUCCUUCUCAUUGCAGCAGUCAGGUGCACUUACUGCGCUCCUCUGCGGCUUGUUAACGCUAGGUAUAUUAUCCAUCUGCGUGGGUAUUUUGCUGUCAGUAAAGUGCUGCUCAUCUGAAGUCAAGAUAUAGUCUUUCUUUCGUCAUGCAUAUAAGUUUACACGUUGUUCAUUGAUUCAUUGAUGUCUUGACUCGUCAUGUGGUAUGUCAUCAUAGUGCAAGGUGUUUUGAGGACAUAUCUGGAUUGAUGCCCGACAGGUUAAGAUGGAACGGUCUGAAUCUAUCACACACAAGAACGGGAGGCAGAGGAAGCCUGUGGUGUCCAACUCGGAUAAGAGUGAAAGGGAAUCCAAGCUAGGAGUGGAGGAUGACGGGGAGGCUCUUCUGCCAAGCUCAGAACGAGCUGAUGGACGGACGAAUGCGAGUCACGGAAUUAAAGGAGAACUGGGCAAUGUGGCCCUGUUACUGUUUUUAUAUGUGCUUCAGGGCAUUCCGUUAGGCUUGGCCGGGAGCAUCCCGCUCAUCAUGCAGAGUAAGAACGUUAGCUACAAGGACCAGGCCUAUUUCAGCUUUGUCUUUUGGCCCUUCAGUCUAAAGCUGUUCUGGGCUCCCCUGGUGGACUCGCUGUACCUGCGGAAGUUUGGCAGGAGGAAGUCGUGGCUGGUGCCCACUCAGUACCUGCUGGGUCUUUUUAUGCUUUACCUGUCCGUCUCGGUGGACGCAAUGCUUCAGACCGAUGGACACAAGGGGCCUGAUGUGAUCACUCUGACCGCAGUCUUCUUCAUGCUGGCUUUCCUCGCAGCCACGCAAGAUAUUGCCGUCGAUGGCUGGGCUUUGACUAUGCUGUCCAGGGAGAAUGUGGGUUAUGCUUCCACUUGUAACUCUGUGGGUCAGACGGCUGGAUACUUCCUAGGAAAUGUGUUGUUCCUGGCUCUGGAGUCUGCUGAUUUCUGCAACAAGUAUCUGAGGUUUGAGCCUCAGGAGCGGGGCAUUGUAACACUCUCAGAUUUCUUGUUUUUCUGGGGGAUCGUGUUCAUUGUGUCUACCACUCUGGUUGCUCUCUUGAAAAAAGAAAACAACGAACAGCAUCAUGCUAAGAAGAAGCCUAAAGAGGAGACACAGAGUGUUAUGGAGACCUACAAACAUUUGCUCUCCAUAAUUAAAAUGCCCACUGUCUUCACCUUCUGUGUCCUUCUGCUGACUGCUAAGAUCGGUUUCUCGGCAGCUGAUGCCGUGACGGGGCUGAAGCUAGUGGAAGCUGGGGUUCCUAAAGAGCAGCUGGCUCUGUUGGCGGUUCCCAUGGUGCCUCUGCAAAUCUUGCUGCCUCUAUUUAUUAGUAAAUACACAGCUGGACCACGUCCACUUGACAUUUUCUACAAAGCUUUCCCAUUCAGGCUGCUGAUUGGUUUGGAGUAUGCCCUGCUGGUCUGGUGGACCCCCAGUGUUCGGCAGGAGGAAGGCUUCCCUGUGUAUUACUAUGCUGUUGUGCUGCUGAGCUAUGCACUACAUCAGGUGGCACUAUACAGCAUGUAUGUUGCCUGCAUGGCCUUUCACGCCAAGGUCAGUGACCCUGUGAUAGGGGGCACCUACAUGACCCUUCUAAACACUGUGACUAAUCUAGGAGGGAACUGGCCCUCUACUCUAGCUCUGUGGCUGGUAGACCCUUUCACCUUUAAAGAGUGCCAGGGAGCCCCAGGACAGACGUGCGGCUCGGUUGAAGAAGCAGGGCUCUGUGUCAGAGAUGGGGGCACGUGUGUGACAGCGCUGGACGGUUACUACGUUGAGUCUGUGGUGUGUGUUGUGAUCGGUCUCUGCUGGUGGAUGUUCUUCGGGAAAAAAAUGAAGCGGUUACAGGAAGAGAGCCCCUCUGCGUGGCAUUGCAGGGUGGCCAAAUAGCAUCUCUACUGGACUCUGUCUCUUGUUGUAAAGUUACUUCAUGGCUUGCCCUCUCUUUCCUUCUCUGAGUGAAUACUUCUUUUUGUCAUCCCACGGCAGGCUUGUAGACAGGCUUAAACACUUUGAGGACAGAAAUAGUAGAAUAUACUGUUCUAUUCAGUUCUUGGCAUAUCUGUUCCAUUAUCUCCAAGCAUCAGAGCUUUUAUGCCAAAUUGAAAUCUGUACAUCUAGAGAUGGCACUAGCUUACGUGUGAAGUACAUGAUACACAGUAAUGGCAUGACAUUCACUCUUCAGAUGCCUAUUUAAUCAAGCAUUUGUCUUUGUUAAAUACUUGAGUUCCUGUGCCUUGUGCUUUUCUGUUUCUAAUAUCAUACAAGGUUCUCCCAAAAAGACUGAUAUAUUAUACAUGACAUAUGUAUGAUGAAGUUGCUGCAAAAUUCAUAUUUUCAGUUUUUAUGCUCUUUCUGCAGAAAGACUUAAUUCUGUUUGAGCUCUUUAGGUGUAUAGACCAAAAUUGUCUCAUCAUUGACAUAACUGUGAGUGAAACUGGUUGUAGUACUAUUGAAAUUGGUUCUAGAGUUGAAAUGGUUUUAUGUUGUUUUCCAUUAUGUUCGGUGUUGGUUUCUAUUUUAUAUAAUCACUGUUACCUUAAAUGAUCUAGGUAUCGAUAAAAAAUGAGGUGAAGAAAUUGAACUAUAACUUCUGCAAGGCCAGAAAAAAAUUAUAUUGUCAAAGACUAUAUUUAUUAUUACCACUUUCUUCCCCUGCUUUUUCUUUUCUGUUGUUAUGGCCAGUGAUUUCAAUUAAUUUUGAAUGUGUAUGACUGAACUUAUUAUUCAUGAAACUUAUUUUGUUAGCACUAAAUCCAUGUCAAAGUUAAUCAUUAGAAUUUCUGUAAAUGAUUUAGACUAGUGGAGAGGAAUGCUUAGAGUUUACAACUGAAACAUUGACUGGGAUAUAUAUACAAUCACCAGCACUUUUACUAAGUUGUUUUUCACUGACUAUGGAAUAUUUAAGGAGAUUGUUCACCCAAAACUGAGAGCUCUGUCAUUGAUUACUCAUCUCCAUUCUUCAAAACUGUAUGACUUUCUUUAAUAAACAUAAAAGAGGGGACAUUAGGCGCAAUUUAAAUAAUGCUGAUAAACUGUUUUUUUUUUUUUUUCGCUGUACUGUGGAAGUCUAGUCAACUGUUUGUUUCUUAACAUGCUUCAAAAUAUAUAUUUUUUGUGUUCAACAGAAAAAAGAAACUCAGGUUCAGUAAAUGAAGACAGCAUUUUCAUUUUUGCUUGAUUUAUUGCUCCGUCUCCAUUCAUUUUUACUUUUACAUCAUCUUUUUGUGAAAGUGAAUGAUGAUUGAGGCUAUCAUACUGACAAAUCUUCUUUUGUGCUCCAAAAAGCCAAAUGAGUUUGACAGAACAUGGACUGAAUGCCAGAAUUUUCUUUUUUUGUCAACGAUCCCUGUAAAAUACUGUACUGUAUUACUAAAUAUGUGACCCACUGUAAAAUUUGCAAAUGUCUUUAUAUUUGUACUCUUCAUUAAGCGUCCAUCUUAAUUUGUGUCAUAUAAUGGGGAGAGAAGUUUGAGGAGAGGGUAAAGCUGCAGUGUGACUUUGAUCUUUGUAAAUACUUGUAAACUGUUCCAAGGAACGUUUUUAUCAACAUUCCCAAUCUCUGCGUAAAAAAAAAAAAAAAAUGCAUAACUUGUAUACAAAUAAAUGAAAGGAAAUCAGA